AUAAUCGUGCAACUAAACGGGAGCAAAUGUGAGAGCUGACUCAUGCUUGAGUUCCAGCAACAUUUUCAGCAGAUACGUCAACAACCGAAGCGACGGCGGUGCAAUUAUGAAGGCCACUUACACUUACAAUUCCGAGUCUUUCUAUGCGUUGUUAUAUUUGCUUUAGGGGUGGGUGCGGGCGCGGGUGCGAGUGCGGAUGAGAGUGCUGCCGGAAUAUUUGAUGAAAAUUGCUGGAGCAAUAGUACGGACUGUAGGAUAGCGGCAACUAUAAGGUCUUCGGUAGCUGCAGAACAGAUAAUUAAUUUGAAUUGUGAUAUUGGUAGCUAUGAGGAGCCUUUUGAACAGAUUAAUCAAUGGAACCAAAUAGACGGUGCAAAGAAUGUGACAUUCAAUGGUUGUAACAGUUCACUUGGUAGUAAUUCGGUUGGAUUUGAGUUAUUGCCCGAUUGUAAUGCGAUUUCUGAAGCAACUUUUAUAAAAUUUCAUGUGGAUGCUCUGCAGAGUGUACACUGUGCCAACUCUUUAGCAGUGGAUGUGCAAUUAAAAGUGUUGGUUUUGAAACAUAAUGAGAUUGGUACUAUCGACGGAACUGCCUUUACCAACCUAACGAACUUGCAAGAAGUUUACUUAGUAGAUAAUUCAUUACAUCACAUUGAUCCUGCAGCUUUUUCUCGCCAGAGUCUACAGUUUCUUCAUCUGAUUCAUAUACAAGAAGAACCAUUCUUAAUUGUAAGAGAUGCCCAUCUCUUCGAGAACACUUCCGCUUCUAGUAUCUACAUUUUUUGCAUCAAACGUUUAAAUGUGGAGGUAUUAACGCAUUUAACGACAGCUUUAGAAAAUUUGUAUAUUUCAGACACAGCCCUGAAUGACGUAGAAGAAAAUGUCGCUGAAGUGCUUAAUCCUCUACAACUUCGAAAUAUUUCACUUGUUAACUGUGCUCUGAAAACGUUGGUUUUACGCGAUGCUCAUUGUAGUGUCACGGCACUCGACAUAAGUAAAAAUAAUAUAGAGAAGUUCAGCACAAAUUGUGUCUGCGAUUCCGAGUCCGAGUCUACCAGCUGUGCUUUGGAGAUUUUGGAUUUGAGUGAAAACUCAUUGAAAAGUAUUGACAUGGACUGGUUUGUUGCGUUAAGUAAUUUGAAGUUGCUUUCCCUACGCGGCAAUAUGCUCAAAAGCAUAUCAUUAGAUCAAUUUGUCUCGGUGUUGCCUUCCGUUAGAUCAAUAGAUUUGCGUGCCAACCAAAUGGUCGGUUUCAAAGAUAUAACACAACAUUUGAAUUGUGAUUAUUUGCGCAUACGGAUUGAUCAUAAUCCUUGGAACUGUGUGUGGAUGUCGACGUUUGCACACGAGCACCCAGAGAAGUUUCGUAUCUUUCAGUAUAAUAAAUACAUAUCGAAAAUUAAUGUGAACGGUCUCGAAUGCAGUGCGGAACAACUACCAGAUGAUAUUUUUCCAAAUGAUGUAAAGUCAUUUGAGAACGUCAGUGCUGAUGGAAAGAUCAAGACGGACGGGAAUUUAAAUAUUUCAACGUACACACUUAUUUAUGGGAAUCCAUGGGAUUUGAAACGGAACCAACGUGCAGAAGCCUUGAUAAUUGUCUUCUUGCUACCAGUUGGUAUAGCAUUUUUAUUUUUAUUAUUAUAUAUGUGGAUACAUUGUCAAAAAAUUUUUCAUCUCUCAUACUACCGUUCAAAUCCACUUAUUGGUAGUUGCACAGCAGGACGUGCAGCAGAGCGAUUUGAUAUAGUGCGUCAAUUGCCGCCUUCAACUGGUACUUAUGGCACAGCUGCUAAUAAUAACGAGGAUUAUGAAAUUCCGCUUAAUUCCUUCUGCAAUUGUAACAAUGCAACUAGAGAAAAUCACAAAUGCUUCCUCGUCAAUCAUGCCACAUACGAAAAUCCACCGAUAGAUCAGCCAUUUAAGUUGUACGAAGAAAUAAACGAAGAGGAGGGCAAUAUGGAAACCAUCAACUCAGAUGUACCGCCAAAUGAGCAACCACUUGAAGGUACAGCUGUGCAUCCAUUGUAUGAUCAUUUAUCCUUUUCAAUGUGAUUGUGAAUCAAGCGUAUAACGCUUUUAAUCCACUUAACUCUAUACGUUCGAUAUGAUGAAAUGUUCUGUUGCAGAAGUUCUGUGAUGAGCUGCAAUGAUAACCUGUAAUCGAUUUAGAUUUAAAAUAAGCUGAGAGCUCUAACCAUACUCGGUGCAAUUAUUUCAAAGUUUAGCUAGCAUAUCUCAAGCUAAAUGGACAAAGGCUUGAGUCAUUUUAACCCACUUAAGUAAGCAAGUGAAUAUAUUUAUUAUUAUUUUACGACUACUUAUUUUACGAUACUUCGAGAGAGUAUUUUUACUUGUAAUUUUUCACAAAUAAAUCAAUAAACGUGGUGUGUAAUAAUAUUUUAAGUUUAAUUGAAUUGAAUCGUAUGUG